AUGACCGAGAGAGUGAUCGACGCAGUCUUAUCACUACGAUACCAGCAACUGGACGCACUCCUGCGCAAAAAUGUCUCGGUCAAUACACGGAACAGGCUAGGUCAAACUCCCCUCAUGGUGUCAUGUUAUAUCUCAAAUGAAGAAAAGAGCUACCGAAUGUUCAAACAUCUUCUCAGGAAAGGUGCUGAUAUACUUGAAACAGACGACAAGCGAACUAGUGUGUUCCAACACGCGUGUAAGCAAGGCAGAGAGAAGAUUGCUAAGUGUAUCAUUCGGAAGAUGAGUGUAGUGGCCGUAGACCUAGGCGGUAAGAACCUAGAAGGCCGAACUCCGUUGUUUGAUGCUGUGACUAGUGGUAAUGAGAGUCUUGUUAGAUUCAUUGUGAGACUGAUGAGGAAACGAUCUCUCACAGUGGAUACACCAGACCAUUCUGGUGUGACUCCACUUAUACAUGCCUACAAAAUGGGACUCGUUGUAAUUGCUCAAGUGUUAGAGAAAGAUGGGAAAGCCAAUCCAAGAAUUUGUGACACAGAACGACACAUGAACUCCCACGAAUGGGCCGAAGAGGCCGCCCAAAAGCGGCUCCGUGCUCUGGCACUUCACAAGGAACGCACGAAGGAGCAACGAAUGAUUUAUCCCCAUUUUGAUCACCGUAAACCACCAUUUUCAUCGCAUAAGAGUUCGUCACUUCCAGAGAUAAAACCUCAAUGGGAAUGGGCCUCGAUUAAUACAAAACCCGAUAUUAUUGGUGGAUGCACCUGGAACGAUGACUCCCAACGAAUAGCAGAUCGCAAUUACAAUAGCUCUAUCGUCGAAGAGUCUUUGCAAAUGAGCUCCGGUAAUAAAGAUCCUAACUCUUUAAGCAAGUCUCUAGACUCGGCUAUGACGCUGCUUGAGCUUACGUCAAAGACAAGCAAUAAAAUACACUUUGCAAAGAACUUUGUAUCAAGCCAUUUUGACAAAUCAAAGAUAGGUGAGUAUGGCAAUUUAACGGAUGUCAACUCAUUGCUCACAAUUUACUCAAGUCAGUGCGGCAGCGCCUUCAGACAACCCGCCAAGCCACCACCGGAACCGAAACCCGUCUUAGAAAAACCCACUCUCUACGAGAAAAAGGCAUCAACACUUGCCUACAUCAUGGGGCAUGGUCCGCGAAGAGUUAAAGAUCGAAGACACUACAAAAGAAGUCGCAAGAGGUCCGUUAAAAGCACGGGGCUACAUCAGAAAAACAGAAAAGGCAGUGCAAGCUCGUCAUCAGAUUCGGUUACUGGGAAGUUGAGUGUCUCCCGUGUGAGUAACUUAAAAGUCAACGAUGGAACUCACAACAAACGUUCACAAAAUGGUAAAGUGAUAACAAAAGUGGACCAGGAUCGAGCAAAUCUCGGUAAACUCAAACGACAAUCAAAGUCGGUUAACGAUUCGCAGAAACUGAGCGUACCUGAAAAUGAGCAUAGAUAUCACAAGUCAGUAGCACCGAGUCUGAAACGAGAUUUGUUACCAAACAUAAGAGUUACUGCACCAUCGGCAUAA